AUGAUGAUGAUGAUGAUGAUGAUAACAUAAUGAUCACGAGCCUACCCAGCUACUAAAUGCCUGUGGUUUGCACUGCAUUAUUUGGCAUGACUGACAUUAGUUUGUCCUCGUGAUGUGUGUGGCUUGGAUUUGUCCACAAAAAGAUUUGGGUUCAGAUGUUAAAACUCUGUGUAGACCUCUCUCUCUCCCUCUCCCUCUCUCCUCUCUCUGUGUGUCUUCUCUCAUUCCGCUCACUCCCUCCACUCGCGGUUAACGGGCGUGCGGUUGCCAGGAGAGACGCGCGUGCAGUACCGUGUACGGUUUUAACGGCAGAGCGGCGCGAGCUCUCCCCGCCAUUUCCUCGUGCUGAACCGAGGAAUGUCGAGCAGCGGCUCGAGCUCUUCCUCGCGGAAGGAGUUCGAUGUACAGAUCCUCAGGAUCCGAUGGAGGUGGUUUGGUCACCCCGCGGUUCCUCCGCCUCACUCCCCGCUCGGAGACUACUUCGCCGGGAGGAGAGCGGGCGGCAGCUCCGGAGACGGUCCGUCAGUUAGCGGCAGCAGCAACUCGACUUCAUCCAGUGUAACACCCAGCCCGGGGACUCACGGCGGGCUGGUAGCCAGCGGCAGCGCCGGGUCUAACCUGUGUACCGGCAGAAAGUUUGCUGAUCCGGCAGGGAGUCGGGCGUCCGGAGGCGCGGCAGCCGGAGCGACGGGCAGCUCCUGUCCCCGCUCAUUCAGCCAGCCAGAGUGCAGGAGCUCUGCAGCGGCGCUGUCGUGGGUCUCUCCGCCGCCACAUCGUCGUUCCCGGCCGGUGACAAGCAUGGAGCUGUCCGGAGAGGCUCCGGUACCUCAGCUUUUGCCAGAGCCCCCCUCCCAGGUCGGGCCUGAGGAGGAGGCGGCGGCACGGGUAGCGUCGGGCACUGAGGAGAGCAACAAUCACCCAGAAACCGACUCCAGCUCCUGCAGGACCUCAAACAGCAGUGCCACGCUGUCCUCGUGUGUGUCCAUGGAGCCCUGUGCGUGUCCAGAGGAAUCUAUGUGCACAGCUCUGUCCCAUGCAGAUGUCACCUUCUCCAAGAUGGAGGGCUACCUGAGGUCUCGGCAGCUGUGUGACGUAGUUCUGGUGGCAGGGGACAGACGGAUACCUGCACAUAGGCUGGUCCUCUCAUCCGUAUCUGACUACUUUGCAGCCAUGUUUACCAGCGACGUUAGGGAGGCCAAGCAGGAUGAGGUGAAGAUGGAGGGAGUUGACCCCGAUGCACUGUGGGUCCUGGUGCAGUAUGCUUACACAGGCCGUCUUGAGUUGAGGGAGGACACCAUUGAGUCUCUGCUGUCGGCCUCCUGUCUGCUGCAGUUGUCGUCUGUGGUUCAGGCCUGCUGCUCCUUCCUGAUGAAGCAGCUCCACCCCUCAAACUGUCUGGGUAUCCGCUCCUACGCUGAUGCACAGGGCUGCAAUGACCUGCAGCGAGCUGCUCAUGCCUACACCAUGGAACACUUCCUAGAUGUUGUUGGAGGCCAGGAGUUCCUGCUGCUCCCGCUGGAGGAGAUGGAGAGGCUGCUCACAUCUGAAGACGUCAACGUGCCAGACGAGGAAACUGUGGUGACCUCUCUGCUCACAUGGGUUGGACAUGAUAUGGCCACAAGGCAACGUCAGCUAUCCAGGCUGAUGGCUCACAUUCGACUGCCACUGCUGCAGCCACAGUUCCUAGCUGACCUGGAGUCAAACCCUCUGCUGCGGGACAGUAUUGAGUGCCAGCGACUGCUGAUGGAAGGGAUGAAGUAUCACCUCCUACCCCAGCGUCGGCCCCUGCUUCAGAGCCCCCGAACCAGACCCCGCAAGGCCACCGUAGGGGCCAUGUUUGCUGUGGGAGGCAUGGAUGCUACCAAAGGUGCGACCAGUAUUGAGCAGUACUGUCUGCGUCAGGACUCCUGGAGGCAGGUAGCUACCAUGAGUGGGCGCAGACUACAGUUUGGUGUAGCUGUUCUUGAUGGCCGUCUUUAUGUGGUGGGUGGCCGAGAUGGACUCAAGACCCUCAACACGGUGGAGUGCUACAAUCCACACAGCAAGACCUGGAGUAACAUGCCUCCCAUGUCCACACACAGACACGGGUUAGGCGUAGCUGUUCUAGAGGGGCCCAUGUACGCAGUGGGAGGACAUGAUGGCUGGAGCUACCUCAGCACAGUGGAAAGGUGGGACCCUCAAGCUCGCCAGUGGAGCUUUGUUGCAAGUAUGGCUACACCCAGAAGUACAGUUGGAGUAGCUGUACUCAAUGGCAAGUUGUAUGCUGUAGGAGGCCGGGAUGGCUCGUCCUGCCUGCGAUCAGUGGAGUGUUUCGACCCACACACCAACAGAUGGAGUGGUUGUGCUCCCAUGGCUAAGAGGCGUGGAGGUGUGGGUGUGGCCACAUGGCAUGGCUUCCUGUAUGCCAUCGGAGGUCACGAUGCUCCAGCUUCAUCUCUUGCAUCUCGCCUAAGUGACUGUGUAGAGAGGUACGACCCUCAGACAGAUGUGUGGACAGCAGUAGCCCCAAUGAGUAUCAGCAGGGAUGCUGUUGGUGUUUGUCUCCUUGGCGACCGUCUCUAUGCUGUGGGCGGAUAUGACGGGCAGGUGUAUCUUAAUACUGUAGAAGCUUAUGACCCUCAGACAAACGAGUGGACACAGGUAGCGCCUCUGUGUGUGGGUAGGGCUGGAGCAUGCGUGGUGGCCGUCAGACUGAAAACACCAACACUUAACAGUGGACUCGCAUGAUGUUGCUCAGUGGCCCUCCUCUUCAUCACUACUUACCCAUCUGCCUGCCAGCAUGUGACCGUACCAGGAAGUGAGAGACUGAUUACUGAACACACUAAAGGUGUCGCACUUUGGCAGAGGCACGUUUUGCUCACCUUUAAUGACUUCCUGUCAUUGAUUUUAAUGCGAAGGGUUCUGCGUGGGUCUCGUUGUGUGUCAGGUUUCUGAUAAAGUUUCCACAUUUGAACUCUGUGAUAACUUCUCCAGUGGAAGUGAACUGCCAGUGACACUCAUGACGAAGAGGGAUCUGCAGUGUUUGUGUGAGCAUGACAGAACAGCUGUCUCGCAGCUUUUUUUUUUCUUGUCUAUUAACGCUCCUGUAGACGAUGUGGAACACACACACACACACACACACACACACACACACACACACACACACACACACACACACACACACACACAGACACACCUACACGCUCAAACAAACACACUCAAACCGACAAGGCUGCUUGCAGCUUCUAUUUCUGCUUACAAAAAGUGAGGUAGAGAAAGAUAUUCAAGACAGUUCAGAUGCCUCAUCAUUUUACGCUCUCGCUUUCCAUAACAAUAGCUGAUAGUUUGAUGUGUGUAUUGAUGCUAUUUUAAUAUAUUCCUGAUUAUUUUAUGCUGCAGUCUGCACGCUCUCUGCGCCCUAUUUCCUUCUUUACUUGCAGGCUGACAGUUUAAAGAAGGACUUUUGACAUAAUCAGCACAACCUUAUGAACAGCAGCACUGUAAGAAAUGUGAUGCUUUUUAUUCUUUUUUGACAAAAACAUCAUGACGCUUUAUCUAAUAUCUCUGUGUGUCUUCUAUGUUGCAUCAGCUCACAUCUGAGGCAUUCAUCGUGUCUGAUAUGCAGAUAAUUUUAGAUUUUUAACAAGUUACAUUUGCAAAUUAUUCAACUUUUGCCUUUAACUUUUAUGGUUAACUCCAUAUGCUUCGGUUUUACAUAUAACUGAGCUUUAAUUAGUUUUACGGACUGAGUAAAAAUAACAGGUGCGGCCCUUUGUUGAGUAAACUCAAGAAAAUCCACUUUCAAUCUCCUGCAGAGCAAUUUACAGUUUCAGUUUUGUGCAGUUGAGCUUUUCUGUACCAUCUUCUUUUCCUCCACUGAAGAUGUUUCCUGUACAUGUGCAUGCGUGCAUGGGUGCAUGUGUGUGUGUGUGUGUGUGUGUGUGUGUGUGUGUGUGUGUGUGUGUGUGUGUGUGUGUGUGUGUGUGUGUGUGUGUGUGUGUGUGUGUGUACAUUUGUUUUGUUGUUCAGAAAUUGCAAGGAGUAUAUUUUUAUCUCAAAUGAAAAUUUCCCUGCUUCCCUUCUUCCCUCCCCAUCUUCAAUUCCCUGCUGCUUUCUCUUCAUCACCGUUUUCCCAUUUCAUCACCGCACAUGCACACACUCCCAUGAACGCACACUCCGAUACACACAAAUAUGUACACACUACUGUGUUUAAGAGGCAGAAUUGGGUACAAGGACAGAAAUGAACAACAGACCAUAUAAUGAGUCCCUGAAUUUAAUAACCUUGAUUCACUGGGCGCAGCGUUUUCUUUGAUGUCGAGUUCAAGGCAUUAUUAAAUUUGAUGCUGCUGCAGACAUAGAAUCAGACGUCAUCUAGAGAAGUGAAAAACAUCUGACUUCAUGUUUUCAUAUUUCACUAAACCUAUUGUACAUGUCAGGAAACCUGAAGAAUGCAAACGUGCUUACUGCAGGUCAUGCCACAAUCAUGCAACGCCGUAUACGUAACUGUGUUUUUCCCCUGUGUGGCUAAAUCUGCUCCUCGGGUAUGUGGGAAUCAGGUAUGUUUGUGUGUGCGUGUGUUCUUGUAUGCUUAGUGUACAGAAAGCCAGCUCCUGACAGUGAGAGGCAAACCAGGCAUCCUGUCUGAACUGACAGAUCUAGAGCUAAUGUAGCCCCCAGGUUGCACUUCAGAAACACGCAUGGACCUUACAUACACACACACACACACACACACACACACACACACACACACACACACACACACACAUACACACACACACACAUACACACACACACACACACACACACACACACACACACACACACACACACACACACAUACACAUGCACAAAAACUCAACCACACAGCUGAAAGCCAAACGCCCCACGAGCCAGUGAAGAUUGAAAAGCCUCCCAUAUUUGCCGGCAUGACAUCUAAGAAGUAGAGACGGGCUGGCGUGCAGUUCCCCACAGCUAAGCUGAUGUUUAUUCAGGCCUAAUGCACCGCUGCAUUAUUCUAUUUUCCUCCCCUUCAAAACCUUCAAACCUGCCUGCUGUUUAUUUAAAGAGUCAUUCUCCUCAGAUCACAGCAGAAGUGUCUCACCUCCACUGUGUCAUCAGAGUUUGAUUUCAGUCGAAGGGUCAACAUGAAACAGACAUUCCAAAUCAAUGUAUGUAUUUAGUGUAUAUAAUGUAUAUAAAUAAAUAAAAAAUAUGUAUGUAGUCGCUAUAAUAUGUUGUAUUAUACAGCACCCACUAAAUAUACAGUGUGCUUGUGUGUUUCUUUUUGUACCAUGAAUAAAAAUGAAGACGAGGUGUAGUCAAAUGAAACUUGAUGAGAAAUGGUACAGCUGCUCAUCUCCUCUUUUAGUACCAGAUAAUUACACCUCCUAUUUUAAAAAAUAAGGAAGGUAUGUACAAUAUCUAUGCCACUGUUGUCUGUCUUUUUAUACAUUAAAGUCAAAAUGUGAUUUAA